AUGGAGUACCAAGAAGAAAAUCAGUAUUCGCGCACAUCGCAACCCAAGCCUACAACGAGUGCCAUUCCUUCGUUAGGAAAGCCUCUCGCGGAAAUCACAGAUUCUCAUGGCAAUACACGAUCACGACUUCCCUCGAAGAUGCCGCAACCUACAACCUUGAAGCGUCAAAAUGAUAAGUCAAGCAAUGAGCCGGCAGCCAAACGCAAGACUCUUAUUGAUAGAGCAGGAGAACCUGCUACAUCUGCAAUGAUUCGAACACCUUCCGUACGAAAACUACCGCCAGUGAAGGGAACUACUCUGGUAGACAUGACAAACAAUUUCACUCAACUACGAAAUACGUCCCAUUCCUCUUCGAUAUCAUCUCAAACGCCAUCAGCAUCUUCGCGUCACACAUCAAGUAGCAGUUUCUCACAAAGUGUUGGACCUGGACGACCAAAGUCGGCUUAUGGACAACGCCCACCGUCACAAAGUCAAUCUACAACAUCUAGGCCAAAUACAUCCCAAGCGAAGGGUCGACCAAAUGUUUCAAAGGACUCCACCUCCUCGGAUGAUGACGGUAUGCCACCCCCUGGAGGAAGGCGAAGACCAAUGCUCCCAGUACCUGCUAUUGCUUCAUCCAGUCAGUUAAAUGGGGACUCCGGGUUGGAAGUAAUGAAAGUCCGAGGUCAUUGUUCAACCAACUCAAUGAGGUCUCUACGCUCCCAGGAAGACCUUCGAGAUCUAUCCGUUAGUACGGCAUUGAGUAGGCUCAAGGUCAAUGACGAGCAGACUAGUCCAUCCACGGGAUAUAACCUGAGUUCAUCUCCAAGGAAGAAUUCCCGCCCUCGACACAUGCAUUCCCAGAGCUUAGGAUACCGGAGUAUGAGAUUAGACAAUGAAGAAGCCGCACUUGUUCUAUAUGAGGCACCGGAUCAUAGCUCAGUAGCUCCGAAGACGCCUUCUCACAUUCCUGUCCUUGCUAAGUCGGGAUUUGUUACUCCUACACCUGUUACCCCUUGCCAAACUUCUAAACUUUCCCCUACUAAAACUCCAUUUUUGACAAAAGAUUCUAAUGUUCAUGCGUUGGUAGCGUUUGAUGUGCGUGGUCGCCUCGAAACCAUGGAAGCAAUGUACACGAGGAUCGAGUCAACACUUACUGGCACAAACAAGGACCACGACGAUCUUAAAGUUGCAGUUGGUGCAUACAAAGCUAAACUCGACGAACUUGAAGGCCUACGAACACAUCUUACAUCUUCCAAUCAGAUCUUACAAACUAACCUAGAUGAUACAACUCAGAGAUUAAACAUGAUUCAACAAAGACUACUUGAAGCUACUACUACCCUUGAUGACAACAUUCGAGCGCAUCGCCUUGAGAUGGACGACGUGAACCGAAACUAUCGCAACGAGACUGAUAAAAUGAGACGGGACAACACAGAUGAGCUUGACCGACUUCUUCGUACCUACAGGAAUAACACGCUUGAGCUCGAACGAAAGGCUGCUGUCGAACUCGACGACCGAGUCCGAAUUCUCGAGCGGCAAAACGAUGCAAAACUGGAGGAGGAGAGAAAGCGAAGGUUACGCGAAGUUCAGGAGCUUGAAAACCAGGUUUCAACGGGACACCAAGGCUUGAACCUUGCGCUGCAAAUGAAGGAGCAAGAAGUCCAGAUGUUGAAAAAGGAGCUUGAAGAGUUGAAGACAAGUCUUGGUCGAGAGAAAGAAUUGAAGGAUAACGCUUUAAAUACUAUCAAGGAAGUGCAACAAAUUAUGCAAAAUACGGGUGUUGAAACAUCAGCAACAAUUGGAACAUUGGAAAGCACGGUCGCCAGUCUUCGCGCAAGGAUUCAUUUCUUAGAGUCUGGAAGCAAGGCACAGUCCGAUAGUUUUGUUGAGAUGGAAGGUCGACUUCAAGAAGCUCUUGAUUCGGCAGAGGAGUCCAAGAAGAAAUUGAUCAAGGAAGAGACUCUUCGUCGCAUUCUUUUCAAUCAGGUUCAAGAAUUGAAAGGAAACAUUCGAGUCAUGUGCAGAGUACGACCAACUUUCAAGGAAGGUGUAGAGGGUGAAUGCGCAAAACUUUCAUUCCCAGAUACCGACAAAGAGUCCAAAGAGCUAUCGAUUAUUGGCAAGGAGAAGAGAAGUAAUUUUGGAAAGGUCACAACAGAAACUCACGCAUUCUCCUUCGACAGAGUAUUUGGACCUACAAGCCAGAACCAAGAGGUGUUCGAAGAAAUUUCUCAAUUGGUCCAAAGUGCUUUGGAUGGAUACAACGUUUGCAUAUUUGCCUAUGGUCAAACAGGUGCUGGUAAAACACAUACCAUGUCAUCUGCUGAUGGUAUGAUUCCACGGGCGACACAUCAAAUAUAUGAGUCCGCCGAACUCCUCAAGGAGAAGGGAUGGACUUAUACAAUGGAAGGUAGCUUUGUCGAAGUUUAUAACGAAGAGAUUCAUGAUCUACUUGGAAGCUCUAAAGAUCUUGACAAGAAGAAACACGAGAUCCGACAUGAUGAUAAGAAGAAACAAACCACCGUUACUGGAUUGGAAAUAGUGUCUCUAGAUUCACCAAACGCUGUGGAAGCCAUUCUUAAGCAAGCAGACAAAAAUCGCAGCGUUGCGGCUACCAAAUCCAACGAACGAUCAUCGAGAUCACACUCUGUCUUUAUCUUGAAGCUUGUCGGACGAAAUAGCACCACAAACGAGACGUCUGAAGGCACCCUUAACUUGGUAGAUCUGGCUGGUUCGGAAAGACUGAAAGUAUCUGGUGCCGAGGGAGAGCGAAUGAAGGAGACACAGAACAUUAAUAAAAGCUUGAGUUGUCUAGGUGAUGUUAUUGGGGCAUUAGGAUCAGGGAAAGAAGGAGCUCAUAUUCCCUACAGGAAUUCGAAGCUGACCUAUCUCCUACAAUAUUCUCUUGGGGGCAAUUCGAAGACACUCAUGUUCGUCAUGGCCAGCCCAUUGGAGGCUCAUUUGGGCGAGACACUUACAAGUCUGAAAUUUGCGACGAAGGUUCAUAACACCCAUAUCGGGACAGCGAAGAAUUCAAUCAAAGUCCGAGACUAG